UUUUUUUGACUCUUCCCCCUGUUCCUUGCUGUGACCUUGAUUUUUACACCGGUUUUCAACUCCCUGGGAGGGCUCCAGUGGCUCCAAUAUGGUGGAGAGGGGAGAGGUUGAACUGCCGCGAGGGGUAACACCGCAGAGCAAGGUUGAUUGAUGAACGAAGUCCGGCUCCCGCGAUGAUGCGGUGAUGCGGCAAAAGUCAUGGGGAUUCGACGCGAACAGCCGAGAAACAGAUGCCGGGGGAGGAUGUGACAGGGGUCGUCAAGCGCAGAUCUGGGUUCCGUUCCCCAGCCCAGGAUUUAUCAAGCGAGCCACUAUCAAUCGGAGACUCCACGACGAGAAAAGAGCCGGGUGGAUUGCCUCGUUUUUUUCUCUGACAUCCUCAUCCUCGUCUGUCAAAGCACGCGGCCUGUGGACAACAGAAGCAUGGUCGUUGCUUGUCGGGUCAAUAAGGGACGAGAUCCGGAAAAGGGGUCCAUUAAGUGGGGGUACAGAUCAGAGAAGCCGCUCGUCAGAUCCGGAAAUACGGCAGCUUGCAACGCUACGGACGCGGUUUUGGGACGACGCCAGACCCGAGUGGGGGGGAAGUAGCGAAACUCCACGUGCCGGGGAUCCUUCGCAUUGCCGAGAUGGGUGGUUUUGUUGUAUUGUUGUAACCCUCCGCCGCUGGCGUCGUAUGGCAUGUGCGCAGCAGGGUCGCAUCUUGCUCCUGUUGGGAUGGCUCGUUUUCGAUAGUUCCUGGGCAAUUAACAUCGAACGUUCCGUCAUGUUGCGCUGUGAUAAUGCGCAGGGAACUCCGAUAAGAUCGACGCUUGUCUCCUGAAGCCAUGUUGCUGGGUCGCUCCCCUGCAUCGGUAUUUCAUAGCACUCUCUGCCAGCUGUGAACGGGAGCUCCAGUUGAACAAGAAUCAACACCGUGCUUUUGCUCCAGCCGCCAGAUAUUGAGGAACCCACCGGUUGUCCGACU